CCAGGUACCGCCUUCUUUAGAUGCCUCGCUUCCUCCCAGAUCUGACAGCGGGCUGAGUGAGAGCUGCGGGCGUUGGAGCAGAGUGUACCUAGAACCCCCAGUGUAACUUCAUAGUACAAAGCUUCCCGGGUGUAUUAAGGUGUGCAGAUCUUAUUUAGUUGCGGUGGACAAUAUUAAAGUUGUAAGGUAAAAUAAGAAGAGGAAGCAGAGGAGGAAGAUGUCUGGAGAGCUGUCGCUCGGUAUAAACAUCAAAGAGGCGCGAUGGGACCAGGGGACCUUCAUGGGCCGAGCCAAGCACUUCUUCACCGUGACCGACCCCAGGAACGUCCUCCUGUCCAGCGAGACCCUGGAGGAUGCACGGGUCACUGUUGAAAACUACAGGCUGGGAAUAGUGAAGCCCGGCCUGACCGAGGACCAACUGUGGAGGGCCAAGUACAUUUAUGACUCCGCCUUCCACCCAGACACGGGUGAGAAGAUGCUUCUGAUUGGUCGAAUGUCUGCACAGGUGCCCAUGAACAUGACCAUAACAGGCUGCAUGCUGACUUUUUACAGGACAACCCCGGCGGUGGUGUUCUGGCAGUGGGUGAACCAGUCCUUCAACGCCGUGGUGAACUACACCAACCGCAGUGGAGACGCCCCCAUCACCGUCAAUCAGCUGGGUGCUGCCUAUGUCAGCGCCACCACUGGAGCUGUGGUCACAGCCCUGGGGCUCAAGUCCCUCACCAAGCACCUGCCUGCCAUCAUUGCUCGAUUCGUCCCCUUCGCCGCUGUGGCAGCAGCCAACUGUAUCAACAUCCCCUUCAUGAGACAGAGGGAGCUGAAGCACGGCAUACCUGUGACAGACGAGAGCGGAAACCGGCUGGGCGAUUCCACCAUUGCCGCCAGGCAGGCGAUCGUCCAGGUGGUGGUGUCUCGGAUCGGCAUGGCGGUGCCGGCCAUGGCUAUCCCUCCUGUCAUCAUGAACGCUCUGGAAAAGAAAGCCUUCAUGAAGCGGUUCCCUGUGCUCAACGCACCUGUCCAGGUGGGGCUGGUGGGAUUCUGCCUGGUGUUUGCCACCCCUCUGUGCUGUGCUCUGUUCCCGCAGAAGAGCUCCAUGAAGGUCAGCAGCCUGGAGCCAGAACUGCAGGAGAGUAUCAGGAAGAACAGCCCUCACACCACCAAGGUGUUCUUCAACAAGGGCCUCUAGGGGCAUGGACUGGGUGGAGCUGGGGAAUGAGAUGGGUGGUGGGGGUGGUCAUGUGAUUUAUAUUACUGCCUAAUCCCUCAAGAGAAUGUAUGGGCGCUAGACCAGGGAGCUGGGGGGUGGGGGAUUCAGAGCUGAGGCGGAGGGGGUGUGGCCCUAAGCCUGACCAAGCACAACCAUGUUGGUUUAUUGGGCACAAUUGUAAAGGACAAAUACCUAUGGACUUAUUAACGCAGGCCUGGAUUCAAUCAACAGUUGCCCUUAACUUUGACUCGCUGCACAAGUAAAUGCAAAUGUUACAGUUUUUCUUCAGAAACUCAGUUUGGUGAGUUAGUUUUACUAAUUUCUUGACUCGCCAGACCACGCGAAGAAAAAUAAUAAUUCCUGCUCUUAACUGACAGUCAAAGUUAAAAACAAAUGUUGAUUGAAUUCAGGCCUCAGUGUGUCCGCUUCCCAAACCCAGUCCUUAUCCCACUGUUGUGGACUCCCGGUCAUCUUGGGCUAAUGGCAUAGCUGAGGCUUGAACCUGCGAUGUUGUGGUUGCUGGGGCCAGCUUGCGUUUGUGGCAAGUACCUUUACUCACUGAACCACGUGAGGAAGGCUUGAAAAGGCUUGGUAAACCAAACACUAUCAGGGUUUUAUACUCUCAUGGAUCAACCUUAGGUGUAGCAGAAUUUAGUAAAGAGAAACCGCUAGUGAGAUGAUGUGUGUGUCACACCUGUAAAGCCACAGAUGUUUUGACUCGGUGUUAGUGAAUCACUCGGAUAGGACUCAUGAAGGAAUAAUAUAGGACUCAAAUUGGACUCUCAUUGGAUUCACAUAAUUCUCAUGUAAUUCAUAUCACUGUAUGAUAUUACCGGGCUAUGCAUAACCUAUUGGGGCAGUGGUUCUCAGCCCUGGUCCUUCAGUACCUCCGUGUACCUUUCUUACAAUCCCAUGAUUAGCUAAGGUGAAUGAAAAACUAAGGAAACAGAAGCAAGUGUUUCUUUUUUUUUUUUACAGACUUUAACACAUGGUUUGUUUGGCUGUUUACCAUUCGCUUUAGCUUUGAACUCAAUUUCCACAAAUGGUUCUGUUUUAAUUACCAGAUGUCCACUUUUAGCAUUUAGUCCUUCACUGACUGCAGCUGUAGAUCUACCAACUAAACUGUAAACUCUUCCAUAAAGAGUCUUUGCCACAUCAUAUUGCAGAAAAUAACGGCAUUAGUUAGUGUGAGAAUUGAUCUGACUGAUUGAAUGUCCUGAAACAAGACCUUAAAUUAUUAUUGAAUUCAUACUUUGUUACAGGAAUGUCUUUCUGAAAUGAUGGCCUGCAUUCAAGUCAACUAACUUUUUACUUACAAUUACAAUUAAACAGAAGUAUUACACAUUUUCUUCACAAAUAAAAAAAUAGUUUUAGUGACAGCUGAAAUGGUCAAACUAUGUUUGAGAUGAAUCUUUUUGUUUUUAAUUGUUAGUCAGCCUUAAGGACAAUUGCUGAUUGAUUCUCAGCCAGUAGUGCCAUUAAGAGGAUAAAUCAUGCCUCAUUAGACAUUAACAGCUUCAAUUAAAAAUAAAGAACAGCCCUUGAUACUUCAGGAAUUGUAUUAAGGUCUGAAUGAAAACGGCAUACACGUGGAUACGGCAGAACCAGGGCUGAGAACCGCAUUCUAAAUGCAUACCAGGGUCAUGGGUUUCUUUCUUCCUUUUGAGGAAAAGGGAAUGUUUAUUCCUUUUUUUUCUUUGUUUUGGUGCAUCCGUGCCAACGAUUGGAUGUGCAUAGUUCUAUUUUUUCCUCACCCAUACAUUUUCCUUGCCUUAAUGAUGGGUGAUUAUGAACAGUGCAGUGUCUGACACUUUUUUGCACGUCUUGGAAGGACCCUCGUUAUUUUCUUCUUUGCAUGAUUAUGAAAAAUGCAGUAUGUCUCUAUGUGCUUUGGAGGAUUUACAGAGCAACCUUAUUCUGUGUGGUACUGGUCUGGCAUAUCUCCCAGCCUCAUUCCUAUGUUCCCCUGGCAUACGUCCAUGUGACACUGGGGAAAACAGGCAUUUUCUUAGUUGGACAACUUCUGAAAAUAUUCAGAGCUUGGUUUUGUCAUUCCAGACACAGUAAACAGUAUGUUACAGCCAUGAUAGUAAUGAGAGAGCAAACAUAAUAUUUCUACGUCCCAGCAGAAAAAACUGCUUUUAAGACUGAUAAACAAAGAUUAGUGGAUUGUCAGACUAAGCUCGGAGUACAAGUUACAGUUACAUUUCAGCCACAGUAAACAAUAUGUUACAGCCUUGAUAGUAAUGAGAGAGCAAACAUAAUAUUUCUACGUCCCAACAGAAAAAAACUGCAUUUAAGACUGAUAAACAAAGAUUAGUGGAUUGUCAGACUAAGCUCGGAGUACAAGUUACAGUUACAUUUCAGCCACAGUAAACAAUAUGUUACAGCCUUGAUAGUAAUGAGAGAGCAAACAUAAUAUUUCUACGUCCCAACAGAAAAAAACUGCAUUUAAGACUGAUAAACAAAGAUUAGUGGAUUGUCAGACUAAGCUCGGAGUACAAGUUACAGCAGAGAAAGUAGAACAAAAAAAACGAAUACCAUCGCCAAUGCUACGGUCUACCCCACCUCCAUCUCCCCUUAUGCCAAAUAUAUACGUAUAUGGAGCUUUUAUGUUCAAAAUUUGGUGUUUGUAACGAUUAUAUAUGUAUUGUAAACGGACCUCUGGUUCUGUUAUCACAGUAACGUUAUUCAGUGUAGUAGAGCAUUCCAUGGUAAUGUUUAGAACAGUACAGUAAACAGUAAAAAAACAAGGUGUAUUACUUUCUUUGACCACCAGGAGGGAGCAUGCACAGGUUUCUGAAAAAGCAUUUGACCAGGGACUCCCAAACCCCAUCCAGGAGGGACCCAUGUGUAUGUUGGUUUUUGUUACAGAUAACGUCUUUAUCAAUUAAAUUAAAUUAAAGCUGAUAAAGUCAGAACAUUUUUCCUUAAACGUAAGUGAAAAAAUAUACACUCUUUAUGGAGUCAUUUUCCACAUUUAAGAAAAUAAAAGCAUUUGUUGAUUUUAUUUCAAUGAUUUUAGAAUGUAACAGAAUAGAGUCAAUCCUUCAACAGAUAUUAAGUCUCUAUUUAAGAAUAAUUAACAGCUUGCUACAGUCCAUGGAUUGAAAUUGUGGUUGGAACAAAAAAACAGCAAACACAGUGGUUUCUGGGAACCUCUGCUUUAGACCUGUGCAGUUACAAGUAGGAAAUAGCCAUGCGACAUUGUGAAUGUGAGGCUGGAUGUGAAUUGACAAUGAUUUUGAUAUUAAUCCCAGGAGAAAUAUGUGGUUGGAACUACCAAGCGUACACCAAGUCAGUGGCCCUUACAAGACGGUUCUCAAAUGUGAACCAGGCAGACCACACCCACUCGUGAAAUUUCUCAUUGUUGGAGAUCAGGUGGUAUAACUACUGGGCUACUGUGGGUUAAAGACACAUGCACACUAUGAACUGGCCUUAGUGCAUUGUUUUAUUUACAGAAUGUGUCAGAGAAACACUUAGUAAUGUUGUCCAACCAAACAUUUUCCCAAAACAUCCAUUUUAUCUCCAGCUUCCUUCUAAGCUUUUUCCAAAACUGCCACUUCUUUAAAAUAUUGAACACAUUGAAAGAUAUGACUGCGCUGCUUUAUGUAUGGGUUACCUGUGGCAUAUUUUACAGGUUAUUGAACGCACACGCACACCCACACAGACUGAAAUUGAAAAACGGUGUUCAGUUGAAUCAUUGUGUUGGUGCUCAGCAAUUAACAGUCAUUUCCUUUUGUAUGUAAGUGGAAGGUUAGUUACAGCUCUUUAAAAUGUAUGAAUCAAAUAAAAUUGAAGUGUAUACAGUU